AUGGCCAAGACCUUCACAUGGAACGAUGUUGGAACCCACAACACCCGCAAUGAUAUCUGGGUCGUAGUUCAUCGAAAAGUAUACAAUAUUACUAAAUUCCUUGACGAACAUCCUGGUGGUGAAGAAGUCCUAUUAGAACAGGCUGGUGUGGAUGCUACAGAAGCAUUUGAAGAAAUUGGUCACUCUGACGAUGCUCGUAAGCUCAUGGAAGGCUACUUUGUUGGGGACUUGGACAGCACUGAAAAGGCGGACAAACCAAUCAAGCCUUCCAUUCAUGCACUUCACGCUUCCUCCUCCUCAUUGAACAAGGGAUCUGACAACACGAUGCUCUAUGUGUUGAUUCCAGUUGUCAUUGCUGUCGCUUUUGGUGUGUACAAGUACACUUCCGCCUAA